UGCCUUUUGAAGCUCUUCUCUCUCUCUCACUCACGAGAGUGAUGGGGGCUCUUACUACUGCUCUUCUGGUGAUGAUGGUUAUGGUUUCUGUAUUUCCUCCCAUUUUUGGAGAGGAAAAAGAGAUCAUGAGAACGAGGAAGAUGAGCCGCAGAAAAUGCAAUAUAUACAAAGGGAGAUGGGUUUAUGAUGCUCAUUCGAAUCCUCUUUACAACUCCAGAGAUUGUCCCUUCAUUGAAAAGGUGUUUGAUUGCCAGAAAAAUGGACGACCUGAUCAAACCUAUCUCAAGUUUAGAUGGCAGCCCACCGAUUGCGAUUUGCCAAGGUUUGACGGAAGAAGUUUCUUGCAAAAGUUGAGAGGGAAACGCAUAAUGUUUGUGGGGGAUUCACUUGGUUUAAAUCAGUGGCAAUCGUUAACUUGCAUGCUUCACAAAGCAAUACCUCGUUCAAGAUUUACUUUAACCAGGACUGGAGGCAUUUCUACGUUUUCUUUCGAUGAAUAUAAUGUCAAGAUAUCUUUAGCUAGAAAUGCUUUUCUUGUUGACAUUUUAAGUACGAAGAUUGGACAUGUUCUUAAUCUAAAUUCAAUAUCGAACGGGAAGAUCUGGCUGCAAAACGACAUUUUGAUAUUCGAUUCGUGGCACUGGUGGAUUCAUACAGGACGACAACAAGCGUGGGAUUACAUUCAAGAUGGAAAGAAAAUUUAUAAAGAUAUGAAUCGGUUGAUAGCCUUUGAAAAAGCAUUGAGAACAUGGGCAAGAUGGGUGCAGUAUCAUAUCGAUCCCAACAAAAUUAAGGUCUUCUUUCAAGAAACCUCCCCAUUUCAUAUAGAGUAAGUAUAUAUAUAUUUGCACAAUUUUUUUUUCCCCAUUUCGUAUAUAUUAUAGCCUAAUUAAAUGAUCCAUUGAUUUACAUAGUCCAAUUCCUUUUAUUCAAAAUGAUUCGAAUCAAUCAUCCAACUUUAUUUCACGUUCGAUUUAAGAUCACACGAGUGAUUUGAUCAAAAACAUAUUUCACGUUUCCCUGAAAUCAUAAUCUAGAUAUUGACAUAUUUGAAAAUUUGUGAUUUGGACUAAUUAAUGACCUAAUUGAGCCAUGAACUUAAGAGUAAAAUGGACCAUGCAUUAGGGCAAUUUUUCAUACAUUUUCAACAAAAAAUAAAAUAAAAUUACAUGUGUUCGUCUGAAAAAAAAAAUUAAAAAAAAUCAGUGCAAGUGAAUGGGGAGGCCGGACGGCGACGGACUGCCAACGGCAACGGAAUCCGCUAAAGCCACCGUAUCCAGCAGGACCGGAUCCAACUGAAGCUGUGGUGAAAAGAGUACUAAGAAGCAUAGCUAAUGCUCCUCCUACUAAUAGAGUUAAUUUGUUGGAAAUAACAAGUUUAUCUCAACUAAGGGUUGAUGCCCAUCCAACCAUUUAUGGGCUUGGAGGAAAACACCUUCCAGAUUGCAGUCAUUGGUGUCUUCCUGGUGUUCCUGAUACUUGGAAUCAACUCCUCUACGCUACGCUUCUUUAUUAGCAAACUAGAUAUUAUAGUACCUUUUAUUUUUCUUUGAUUAUUUUAUAGAUACAGUCUCUUUAAUUUUUCGUUCUUGUAAUUUUUCCUUUCAUGUUUUUUUUUUUUUUUGAUUUGGAAAAUUGACUAGCUCGAUUAAUUAGUUGGUGACAAUGAUUCAUUGUCGUCCAUGGAUAGUAGCUUCAUGUUGCAUUGGAAUGGGACUUGGGUAGAUUGAUUCCAUUUUUGGUUGGAUCUCUUGUUAAACAAUCGUUCAAUCCCAUUUUUAUUGUCUUGUUUUAUUUUCUUCAAAUUGA